CCACGAUCCAGCUGAUUCAUCUGGCACAGCCUGCCAUCCACGACACUUCCCGGACCUGAUUUUCUUCGCCAGUUGGCCAGGCCUUAGGAAACCGAAAUUCUUCACUGUCAGAUGAUGGCAGAUCCCGGACAAACUCGGCCUGAGGCUCCUCCUCGUCUUCCUGCCUUUUCCUAUUGCUUGCAACAAUCUCCUGCGAUGUAGCCGUCUGGAGUAUAAAUAAUGGCUUGUAGCCGCUCUGCAGCUCGCAGGACCUUGCCAGUGCCGUGUUCGUAUAUUCCAGGCAAAUCAUAAUCCAUCAAAACAUCAGUUCUCCGUUCUUUGGUGCCUUUCCAAUGAUUGCACUCGAAGCGAGCAAGAAGGUCUGCUCCGUCUCGCCAAAACAAGCCGCACAGCUCGGCCGGGCUUUGACGCCCUUCUUCUGCCAAGGCCAUACCCUUGGUCUGGCCUACCCUGCAACACUCCGGAUUGCUGCAGCGGCUCACCAGUCUUCGUUCUCCCGACCGCCAGCCGCACGAGCUUUCUCCACGACAAGCGUCAGGGAACUGCGUGAUGUCUUCCCAGCCAAGGACACGCCGUUUAUCCGCAAGACCCCGCCAGCAUGGCCGCAUCCUGGCUACAGCGAGGAGGAGAUGCUGGCGGUCACUCCCGCGCAUCGCGAGCCCAAGACCAUAGGCGACUGGGUGGCAUGGAAGCUAGUUCGGCUCGCUCGAUGGGCGACCGACCUUGCCACUGGCAUUGGACGGGAGCAGCAAGUCGACAUGAAGAACCCAACUACUGCGGUGGCUGCUGAGAAACCCCUGACCGAGGCGCAAUGGCUCGUGAGAAUCAUUUUCUUGGAGUCGAUUGCAGGCGUCCCGGGAAUGGUGGGCGGAAUGCUCCGCCACCUGCACUCCCUCAGGCGGCUCAAGAGGGACAACGGCUGGAUCGAGACGCUCCUUGAGGAGUCGUACAACGAGAGGAUGCAUUUGCUGGUCUUCACGCGCAUGGCGGAACCGGGAUGGUUCAUGAAGACCAUGAUCCUCGGGGCGCAAGGCGUGUUCUUCAACGCCAUGUUCCUCAGCUACCUGAUCUCUCCCAAGAUCUGCCACAGGUUCGUGGGUUACUUGGAAGAGGAGGCGGUCCACACCUACACGCGCCUGCUCAAGGAGAUCGAGAACGGCGACUUGCCGAAGUGGUCCAAUCCAAAGUUCGAGGUCCCCGAGAUCGCGGCCACCUAUUGGAGGAUGCCCGAAGGAAAGCGCACCAUGCGUGACCUUAUCCUCUAUGUCAGGGCCGACGAAGCGGUACACCGUGGCGUCAACCACACCCUGGGCAAUCUCAAUCAGGUCGAGGACCCCAACCCGUUUGUGAGCGAGUAUAAGGCCGGCGCAGAGCACAACAAGCCCAACGCAGCUUUGAAGCCGACCGGAUACGAACGGGCGGAGGUCAUUGGCUGAGACUGUCCCUUGGGAACAUCAAUUUUUCUGUGUUUGGGAGUUCUUUGGGCAACUGUUCAUGAUCUGGUGGUAACGGCGUUCUUGGGUUGCUGGGACAGGGAGAUUUCCUGACGAGGCUGGGCCGUGAAAACGAGAUACCCUCUCCUCUCCCCGUGCAGGUAGACUUAGACAUAGACGUUCAGUUGGGCAGCCAACCCUGCCCCUUCAGCGGCUCAGCAUAGAAUAGACAGUUUCUUGACGCGCCGAGCACCCCUCUACUUCCGCGCAGAGAGAAUGCAGACCGAGAAGCACAUGGUCAAGUAUGAAGGCUUCUAUUCGUACUUUUUUUUUUCUCCUUCUUUUCUCUCUUUCUGUAAAAAG